AUGAACUUCACUCCGCUCGCUCCUGAACUAGAACAAUUAAUCACUACUUUAUUUACCGAAAGCAAAUGUGCUUGUCAUGUCAUUAACCCGCACAAAACCAGGGUUCUGAUGUGGCAAGAAAAAAAGGAUGACCAAACUACUUACCAUUUAAGAAUUGGCAUUCAAAAGUUUAUUGCCCAAGCACAAACAGAUCGUAAUGGUGAAAAGGAAGCAAACAAGGAAGAGGAAAAACCAACCAAUCUCGAUUUCAUUACUAAAUUUCAACAACGCCAAGAACAAGCUAAAGAUUAUGGAAAACCAGCCAAUAACUCUGAGUCAGCAGAAUUGAUUAAAUUGUUAGCCCGAAUAGUAAAAGCGAUGGGACAAAUAGAUAAAGCACAAGUUUUGGCAGCGUUAAAUGACUCCGAUAGUAAUAAAUAUAAGAGUUUAAAAGACCGAGAAGACGGAUCGUUGGGAACUAGAACUACUUUGGAUCGAAUUAAACUGAUCGCCGAGCAUGGUUUGACUGAGAGCAAGAAAAAAGUUAAUGAUCAAGGUGAAUUAGACGUUAACGGCACCGAAAUUAGAACUGAACACGAAUUCGGUGGUGAUUACACCAAAAACAAAAAUGAUGAAAUCUAUACUGCUCCAGGUGCCACUACUCCUUUGAAAUUUACAGCUGCUGACUUAACUAAUUUGUUAGAUUUGGUUGAAGAUAUCUACAAUACUGAAUUAUUUAAUAAUUUAGAUGACAGUAUUAAAAAUAUUGAUAAAGGGGCAGAAUAUGCUUUAUUACCAGUUAAAAAUGACACUGAUGACAAACCACUGGCUUACACCAAAGCUGACGGAACAGAUCACGAAUAUACCUUAGACAUUUAUCCCCAAACUUUGGCUGAAUUAGAAGUGCGAGCUGCCGAAUUACAAAUCGAGUAUGACUCCUUAAAGGGUGAAAUGCAGGAUAACCAAAAAGAAAUCAUUAAAAAACGCAAGGAAAUUAAAGAGGAACGAGCUAAAGUUGUUGAUAAGAAAAAAAUUAUUGAAGAUCUAGCAAUUGCUAGAAAAACUGCCAUAGCCAAGGAGUUAACUGAUACUCACAAAAUCGCCCAAGGCUUUAAAAAAGUUGAUGAUGCUAAUGAUAAUCGUCGCACCUUUCAAGAAUUGUUUGAAAUUGAGCGCAAAAUAAAAAAUGUUCGCUUUCUCGAACAUGGCGAUGAAGAAAAAACUAGUUCGGUUUUAACUAACAAUGUUACAGUUCUGACCGAAAUUAAAGAGGUUAUUACAGAAUAUGCUUCUAAUGGCUUUGUUGCCAAAAAAGAUGGGCAGAAUGUUUUUAGCAACACCGCUACCAUCGAGAGUUUAAUUAAAAAAGUUGCUGUUUUUGAAAAAGAGGCCGAUGGCACUACCGACAAAUUCAAAGAAAUUAAUUCUGGUUUCCUUGCUUUCAUUAAAGGCAAAGAUGCCAAGUUAAAAACUCUAACUGACUUAUUUAAAGAAAAAACCCCGAAAGAGCAAAAAAUAGAUAGCAAAGAUAAAUUGGAAGAUAGCGAAAAAGCUAAAUUUGAUGAAUAUCUUUACGAGUGUGCCAUUGGCAAAAUAGAUGAAAGCAAACUAGAAAAACCAACUGAGCAACAACAAAAUACUCCUCCUAGUAAUGAUGAACCAGCACCUUGUAAUUGCUGGAGUGGUCCAACCGAAGCAGAAAGUUUAGAAAAAGAAGAAACUGAGGAGCAAACUUCAUCAACUAGCGAGGAUGACUAA